AAGCUUCUAUUCCAAAUGGUUUAUUAGAAAAUUAUACUUCCAAACCUUCUGAAAAGCUUCCAUUGUUCUUUAAAUCUUCUAAGAGCAUGUCUUUGCCCAAAUAUAUUAAUAUUAAAUUUUGA